CCACUCAUUUAAUUUUCUCCUAUUUAGCAGUUUUAGCACUGCAUAUAAAUUUUCAGGUGAAAAAUAAAAGAGAACAAAUUUGUGAUAGACUAUAAAAUCAGAGAUCAGUGGUAGUAGUAGUUUUGUGCGUGUGUGGAGGUGAGAGAGAUAUAGAGAGAGAGAGGAGUUAUGGUCAUGGAGACUGCCAUUUGUGGCCGAGUUGCUCUUUCUCCCCAUCAAAUCUUCCAACCUAAACCUGGAGACAAGAAACCUCGCCAAAAACAAUGGACAAAUCGGAAUGCUUUAAUGGCAAUGUCUAUAGCAGGAGCUGGCAAAGGUGGUGGGUUGUUGGAGAAGCCUGUCAUAGAGAAAACAACUCCUGGGCGUGAAUCUGAGUUUGACUUGAGAAAAUCAAGGAAAAUGUCCCCACCCUAUCGCGUGAUGCUGCACAAUGACAAUUUCAACAAGAGGGAAUAUGUUGUUCAAGUACUCAUGAAGGUUAUACCAGGGAUGACGGUCGACAAUGCUGUUAAUAUCAUGCAAGAGGCACAUCACAAUGGUCUGGCAGUGGUGAUAAUCUGUGCUCAAGCUGAUGCAGAAGAACAUUGCACACAGCUAAGAGGCAAUGGUUUGCUGAGCUCCAUCGAGCCUGCCAGUGGAGGUUGUUAAAGAGAAUGAACCUGAUGGGUGAAUUCUUCAGAAGCAGCACCCUACCCCCCCCCCCCAACCCCCCCUGCAUAGAUAUUGUACAUAAAUGUUGAGAAUGGCGAAGUACCUCAUUACCUCUAGUCUGUUGAGCUCGAAGUCGAACAUGUUACAGUAAACAAUGUCAGCACCAUAGACCGCUGAGUUUGUCAUACUAGAAAUGUAUCAAUCAGUCAACUAUGCCUCAAUUUCCAAGUAGUAGGGUCAAUCCCAAAUAUGAAUCGACUAUUUCCAUUAUGUUCUAUCCAAGUCAAAUAAUUUGCCUUUUAUGGCAAAUGA